AUGGGAACCUCGACCCGGGGUAAUCGGGACAGUUCUGCUCGGAGGGUUUAGAAUGUUGCUCCCUGAAAUACAAAGGAGCCGGGACCGGGUUUGCUAACCGUUACGGGGACAAAGUGGGGAAGUUGCCCUGCCUCCCGGGACCAGCGCUGCCAAAUUCUUCUGGUGUCCUGGCGUCCGCGCGCUCCGGGGCCUCGGUGUCCCGAGUAGCCCGGUGAGAACAGUGUUUGGCUCUCUGACCUGCAAGGUGCCACUCGCCUUGAGCUAGUUUCUAAAUCUUGUCACCCUCCGGCGCAGGGCCUGCGCGCUGCACACAGAUGUGGAAUGCCGGACUUAAGGGGACUGCAAGUGCUCCCUUUACUGGAGACACAAACCAAGGAGAGCUCUUACCUUCUCCUGGCCCUGGCUUGUGCCUGGAGCCCUGCUGUUGCUCUUCUUUUGCUCCUACUCCCCUGGCUGCAGUAGGACUGCAUAGGACAUAAGAAGGGACAGAGCCUCUCCUGAUAUCCCCGUUCUGACGGACACCAUGUUCCCAGAGCCACAGAUUCCUGCCCUUCUCCAAGGGAACCUUGUCAUCUGUCUCCUGUUGAGUCUUGCUACUCCGGCAGGAGUUAGAAGAGGAAGUGGAGGAUGUUUGAAGACCACGCUUGACCCUGGAGGGUGGCAGGGUAUCUUGGAAGGAAGAAACAGGAAGUCAACAGCUAAAUCUUCGUCAUGGUCUUGCUGUAUUGCCCAGGCUGGCCAAAGUCUCCUUUGCUGAGGGAACCUUUGCUGCUGAGCCCAGGAAGAGAAGCCAGCAUGGGAGAAGCAAGCCACAGCCUUGGAAGCAACCUAUGUGGUGGUCAAGGGCCUGACAGGGCGUUAGAGAUGGGAAGACAGUGGGAACGGGGUGAGACUUGGGUCUGAAAAUUCUAGAUCAAGAGACCGGACUUUGGCCAGGAAACUUAAGCCGGUGGAGGCAGAUCACGGAGAACUGUGUGUUUGGCCAGGUGAAAGCAGGGCAGUGGAGAUGGAAGGAGGGCCACAUUGCCAUCUGAUCGGGAAAUGAAGCAGCCAGAAUCCACUGAAGAACUGAACAAGUGUGGUGGGGAAGACUGCGGCGGCCUCCCAGCCUCGAGCUGGAGGCUUCUACGUCUGCACUGGUUGCUGUGGAUGUGGAAAGGGAAAGCAGCCUCCUCCCAGGAGGCUUUAAGGACGAAAAGCUGGAGGAGGAAAAGAGCCCAGAAAAACAAAGAAGGACUAGUGCUGGGCAAGGCUGUACAUUCACUAUCUCGAAUCGGGGAUGAGCUGUAUCUGGAGCCCUUGAAGGACGGGCUCUCCCUCCGGACUGUGAACUCUUCCCGCUCUGCCUAUGCCUGCUUCCUCUUUGCCCCACUCUUCUUCCAGCAGUACCAGGCCGCUUCCCCUGGUCAGGACCCGCAGCGCUGUAAGAUCCUGAUGAAGUCCUUCCUGUCCGUCUUCCGCUCUCUGGCAAUGGUGGAGAAGACUGUGGAAAAGUGCUGCAUCUCCCUCAGUGGCACCAGCCACCUGGUGGUCCAGCUCCACUGCAAGUAUGGCGUCAAGAAGACACACAACCUCUCCUUCCAGGAUUGUGAAUCCCUGCAGGCCAUCUUCAACCCAGCCUCGUGCCCCCACUUGCUCUGUACCCCAGCACGGGUUCUGGCAGAGGCUGUUCUGUCCUUUCCCCUUGCGCUGACUGAGGUGACAUUGGGCAUUGGCCGCGGCCGACGAGUCAUCCUGCGAAGCUAUCAGGAGGAAGAGGCAGAUAACACCAGCAAAGCCAUGGUGACGGAGACCAGCAUUGGGGCGGAGGACUUCCAGCAGCUGCAAGCCCCUGAAGGGAUAGCUGUCACCUUCUGCCUCAAAGAAUUUCGGGGGCUGCUGAGCUUUGCAGAGUCAGCAAAUUUGCCUCUUACCAUCCACUUUGAUGUUCCAGGCAGGCCAGUCAUCUUUUCCAUUGAGGAUUCUCUACUGGAUGCCCACUUUGUCUUGGCCACACUCUUAGAGCAAGACCCAUGUUCCCAGGACCUGUGCUCCCCAAAGCCCCACCAGCCAGUGCCUCAGAAGCAGGUUCACAGUGUACCCCACUUAGAUGACUUUACCAACGAUGACAUCGACUGUUACAUGAUUGCCAUGGAAACCAGUGUGGGCAGCGAGGGCUCCCGGGCACAGCCUUCCACUUCCUUCCCACCUGUCCCCCAGACCUCCCAUGACCUUGGCUCCCCUUCAGAGGAGGAAGCUGAACCCAGUACAGUGCCUGGAACCCCCCCACCCAAGAAGUUUCGUUCACUUUUCUUUGGCUCCAUCCUGGCCCCUGUACAAUCCCCCCAGGGUACCAGCCCUGUGCUGGCUGAAGAUAGUGAUGGUGAAGGCUGAACUUGAGAAACUGAAGUCUGUGUCCAAAGACUCAUGGGCCAGAAGCAGGCCUAGCCACUGGCAGAGCUGGGCAUAGAAAAACAGGCUACGCCUGUGGUAGGCCCUACUUGGCUGUUUGCUGUAGAGUUGCUCAGGCAAGCAUGUUUGGUCUAUAUUCACUCAGCCUGUACCAAUCAUGUCUCUUUCUGGUGCCCAGCUGCCACCUGACAGCUUCCCUACCUCUUACCACAGAGCCUCAGGCCAGACUUCCAGCAUCUAGCCAGAGCUAGAAACCUACCUUCCUCAGGCUCACCCACCUCUUUUUAAAAAAGGUCACAGUGCUGACUACCCCCUACCAAUCAUGAACUAUUUGUCAAACCUCUGAGACCUGCUGGGCCUUGGCUUGGAAUCCUAAUAGCCCCUGGACCCGAGGUGGCUUUGUACCAAAGGGCUGCUGGCCCACUGUCUAGUAUAAGGGAGACAGAGGCCAUGGCGAGAAUCCAGCUUUGACCUUUAUUCAAGAGACCAGAUAGGUUGCCCCCAGGAUCCGGCUGCCAGCCGUGCAAGGCUGGAGACCCACAAUCUGGUCUGCCAUUGCCCUGAGCUGCAGCCUUGGCCCCAGGAUUCCACUGUAGCCACCACAGGUGCUGGUGGGAGGGAGCCCUGGGGGAUUAGAUGCUGCUAUUGAUUCAUUAAAAAAUAAAGGAAAAGACACUUAA